UCAGCAAUUCAUUUUUGGCAGAAUUACAAUGAGUGGACAUUUCCCAGCUGCUAUUAUUUCCUAUGGUCUUUUUUGGCUUUUAGGCUUAACGUAUAAUUACUUCGGCGUCAACUAUAUGCCGCAGACAGUGGAGGAAACAGAGACUCUUUAUUUUAAAAAAUCCGUUAUUUCUUCAGGCAGCUUUUCUGAACGAAGUCCCGUCAGAAGACUGAUCUUGGAUCUCUUUCGAGCCACUGCUCCUUCGAGAUAAGCGUCCCUUCUACAUGCCGCUCCGUCAUUUUCCAGCUGAGGAAGUAACCAGAACCCACGGUCGGAGAAAUAUUUUCCUUUUCUAAAACGGCUCCAUUUUCUGUCAAUUCCGGAGAAGAAGAUGAGGACGCUCUCACCCGCACCACAUGAUUUUGCAGAUUCGGCGCUCUGGAGCCUCUCCAUUUCCUGGAGACCUCGUGAUACAGUAGGAAGGGCUACGGAUCUCGCCGUUGUGAAAGAGGCCUCUAAGCGGCGCUGUGGCCCAGGGUGGUGCCGGCUCCAGUACAGCAUUCCUCUUUACACAUGAUCUCGUCUCGAGCCGGCGGCGUCAGCGGCGGCUGCCUUGGCGGAGGACUAGUUCGAGCUGGCUCAGAACGGAAGGGCCAAGGGCAAACCAUGUCUUCGGCCGGCGCCUGGAAGAGCCCGUGCAUUCCCCGUGCGUUUAAGCAACCGGGCUUCAUGGCUUGGCCUUUUCUCCCGUCAGCUGCGGCAUCGCUUACUUCAGCUCUUUGUUGAAAACGGGGGAUUAUGUUACGACUAACUCGAUCUGCAGGGAGGUGAGCGGGAAGGAAGCCAGGGAAAAAGAAUGCGGGUCUAUUUAAUGGUGUGCUGCCUUGUUUUCUACACCGUGCGUGGACAAGUAGAGUACUCCAUCGCCGAAGAAACUGAGCGUGGCGCGCCCGUCGGGAACCUAGCACAGGAUUUGGGUAUCGAUGCGGCUAGGCUGCCCUCCCGCAGAUUCCGCAUGAUCACCAGUUCAAGUAAGCAAUAUUUCAACCUGAAUGUGAGCACCGGAGCUUUGUCUGUUAACGAGCGCAUCGACAGGGAAGAGAUCUGUGCACAAGAACCUAUCUGCUCUCUGAAUUACGAACUCGUGUUAGAAACCCCCCUGGAACUUUAUAAACUGCAGUUUAAAAUAUUGGACGUGAACGAUCACACUCCUACUUUUCUGCUAGGGGAAUAUCAUGUGAAUGUCGCCGAGUUCCUGGCUCCGGGAGUUCGGUUUACUCUCCCGGUCGCCCAAGAUCUCGACGAAGGCAUCAACAGUGUCCAGAGCUACAUUCUAAGCCCCAACCAGCAUUUCAAACUGGAAAUGCAGACUCGUGGGGAUGGGAGCCGAUAUCCUGAACUGGUACUAGAAAAGCCCUUGGAUCGGGAGCAGCUGGCCACACACAGGCUUACUAUCACAGCUAAAGAUGGAGGAAGCCCCCAGAGGUCUGGAGACGCCCAGGUUGUGGUAACCGUCCUGGACACAAAUGACAAUGCCCCUACUUUUGAGCAUUCUGUCUACAGGGCCAGCGUGUUGGAAACCUCUCCUAGAGGCACUCUGGUCACUAGAGUGCAAGCCACAGACUUAGAUGAAGGUCAGAAUGGAGAGGUCUUCUACUCGUUUAGCAACAGCACAUCCCCUGAGCUACAGAAGAUGUUCAGCAUCAACCCCCAGAAUGGAGAGAUAAAAGUCAGUGGUGCUUUAAAUGUCCAAAAGCCCCUGCUCGAGAUGUUCAUUGAGGCAAGGGAUAAAGGAGUCUUUGGCAUGUCCACUGUAUCCAAACUGUUGGUGGAAAUUACUGAUGUGAACAACAAUGCCCCAGAGAUUACACUCACUUCGCUCUCCAGCUCCAUCCCAGAGGAUUCUUUGCUGGGCACGGUGGUAGCUCUUUUGAGUAUUACUGAUGAAGAUCCUGGUGAGAAUGGGAAAAUCAUUUGUAAGAUUCCUGUUGACAUCCCCUUCCAACUCAAGUCCUCUUUUGAUAAUUACUACAGCCUGAUCACAAGUGGUCUUCUUGAUCGAGAACAGGUCAGUGAAUACAACAUUACAGUCACUGCCUCUGAUCUGGGUUCCCCUCCCAUUGCCACUCAGAAAGCACUGUGGGUGCAGAUUGCGGAUGUGAAUGACAAUCCUCCCAAAUUCCUCAACCAGAUGCGUGAAAUUUACAUAGCAGAGAACAAUAAGCCUGGGGCAUCUGUUUUCCAGGUGUCAGCUUCUGAUCCAGACCUCUGGGAGAAUGGUCGGGUAUCUUACUUUCUCAGGGACAUUGACAUCCAGGGCAGCUCCUUGUCCAGAUAUUUAGCCAUUGAUGCAGGCAAUGGAAUCAUCUAUGCAAAAGACACUUUUGACUUUGAGCAACUCCAAAAUUUUCAUUUCCAAGUAGAGGCAAAGGACAAUGGCUUCCCAAUUCUGACUGCUACUUUUAUUGCCAGUGUUACCAUCUUAGACCAAAAUGACAAUGCCCCAGUCAUCUUGUAUCCAGAUGUGAGAAAUGCUUCAGUGGCAGUUGAAAUUGUGCCACGCUUGGCAGAUACCAACUAUUUAGUGACCAAGGUGGUGGCCCAUGACCCAGACAGUGGGCAGAAUGCUUGGCUUUCUUACCACCUUCUGCACUCUUCUGACACAAGCCUAUUUCAGGUUUUACCAAAUUCCGGGGAACUUAGGACUAGUCGUUCAAUGAGAUCUAGUGACCCCAUCAAGCACAAAGUGGUGAUCUUGGUGACAGACAGUGGGGAUCCUUCCCUCUCCUCUACUGUAACUUUGGGCAUCCUACUAGCUGACACUCUCCCACAAGCACUCCCAGACUUUGAUGACAGCCUGGAAACACACGGGCAGCAGCUGUCUAGCUUGAACUUCUACUUGAUCAUUGCUCUGGGCUGCCUUUCCUUUGUCUUUUUUGGAUUUAUCAUUUUCCUUUUUGCUGUUCGACUUUUCCACUGUAGGACUAACCCCUCUUGCAAUUGUUGUUGCCCCACGGAUGAGUAUGAAAAUUAUCGGUACAAUGUGCGCAUGCUCCCAAGCUCUCAUUUUACCCCAGAGAUGGUUGAGAUUGCAGGGAUGGGGAAACUUACACACACCUAUUUAUAUAGGGCAGCCCUAGGUGUAGGGACUAGCAAUAACAACUUGAUGUCCAACAGAGAUGCCGGGAACCUUUCCAAGGGGGCGGGAUUAUUGCAAGUGCCAGCAUCCUGCAUUCAAGUACAGAAGGUGAAGAGUGACCAUUUUAAUGCCAUUUUGGUGCGAUUUUCUCCACAUCUUCUAGUCAUCGUGGAUUUCACCGUUCCAGCGCGAAGGGCUUUGCCUGAUUCCGCUGAAGGCCGCGGAGCGGCAAGGAUUGCUGGCUGUCUCUACAUGGGGAUGCCCCACAUGCCACUGACGUGGCUUCGGUGUUUCCAUCUGAAUCUGAGGAACCGCGGAUGCAGGUCCAGCGGGCCUUGUCUCCCGCUCCCAGUGACCAUUUGUCUUCCUCUGCUCCUCACUCACUGGAGGCGCCACUGGGCUCCCAGCUCACUCCUGAUGUGCAGCUUUCUUUGGCUGAUCUCAUUUCCGAGGCAAUCCGUCGGCAUCGCCCAGGGCCUCCAACACCAUGCUGCGACUGCACCUUCUGAUCAAAGGGCUCAACCAGCACAGCCACGGUCUCGUUCCCACCCUGAGGAUUCUACGGCCGAUCUUUAUGGUCAGGAUUCAGCCAGCCAAGACUCACUUUCUGAGGAGGAGACCGCUCCUGAACAGGACCUCUCAGAGGACGAGGGGCUCGAGCCUGAUCAGCCAGCCUUUGUGGGCCUCUUCAAGCCCCGUAUGUUUCGUUCUCUCCUGUACAAGGCGCAGACCACCACCCAUUUGGGGUGUGGAGCCUCUGGCCCAGACUCUCUCCAUCCCCCUGCUGACCCAACUUCGGCUUUGUUCCAGGAGCCCACUGUUCACUCAGAAGUGGUCCCUGCCCCCAAAUUAUUCUCUUAUGUGGUGAAGCGGCAGUGGUCCUUUCCAAGCUCCGGUCUGGUCCCUAAUAAUCUGGACAGAAGGUUUUACAAUAUGGCCACAGAUUUCUCCAGCCUGUUACAAGUUCCUUCCAUGGACUCUCCGGUUGUUGCUCUUUCCUCUUCCUCUCCCCUCACGGGCCCACCGGAGGAAUACUUGCGACCAGAGGAAAAGAAAGCCAAGAGGACUCUUAUCAAGGGUCAUCAGGCUUCAGCCUGGGCGGUCCAGGCAUCCUCGGCAGCAUCUUUUUUCAACAGGGCCUCUAUGCUAUGGCUGUGCCAGCUUCAAGAGCGGAUUCCUUCUUCUGACCAGCGCACUCAUCAGGAUAUCAACAAGAUCCUAGUGGCUGUGGAAUUUUCCGCUGAUGCCACCCUUAACGCUGCUAGGUUCUCCGCCAAGGCGAUUGGCACAUCGGUAACAUCCCAACGACUUCUUUGGCUCCGAAAUUGGCAAGUAGACGCCAGGAAUAAAUGGCACCUUGCCUCAUCGCCUUAUUCUGGUGACAAGUUGUUUGCCUCGCAGUUGGAUCCCCUGCUUAUUGAGACGAAGGAUCACCGCAAGGUUCUGCCUUCCCUCUCCCGUCGGUCGGAGUAUCACCCUCAGGGGUCCUUUCGUUCCUCUUUCUUUCAAGGCUUCGACUCUACCUACUUCCAACAACGCCCGCAGCAUUCCUUCCACUCCAGGGGACCUCAGCAGCAUGACAGCCAGUCCCACGCGCAAGCUCUCUGGGACAUUUCCUCUGUUAUUUCCAUCUUGCAAAGACACGGCUUUUCCAUUAAUUGGUCUAAGAGCCAUUUAUCACCGGCCACACACCUCCAGCACCUAGGGGCAGUCAUUGAUUCUGUAGGCCUGCAGAUUUUCCUGUCGCAGGAUCGCCAAUCUAGUCUCUCUGACAUGGCAACCUGCUUCCGGAGGCGAGGUUCCGCCUCUCUCCUAGGGCUCUCUAGUCUGUUAGGUAAGAUGGUCUCCACUUACGGCAUUGUGCCGUGGUCUCGCCUCCACAGCAGGGAGCUACAGUGGCUGUUGCUGCCAUACCAACGGGCGUUCAACGGCACUUCGGCCUCCAGAAUUCCUCUGCCUCCAGCUGUAGUCGACUCUCUGCGUUGGUGGACAUCGCAAGUGGUAUCCCGGGGAUCUUCGUUCGGGGACGUCCACAGGAUUGUCGUCACGAUGGACGCCAGCCUAUCAGGAUGGGGCGCCCAUCUGGAGUCUCACAUGGCGCAGGGCCUUUGGUCUCAGCAAGAACAGAGCCUCAACAUCAACAUACUGGAACUGAGGGCCAUCUACCUAGCUCUUUUAAGCUUCGAGCCUCAUGUCCUUGGUCGAGACGUCCUGGUCCUCACGGCGGAGCAUAUUUCAGGGACGGCGAACGCUCGAGCAGACUCCCUCAGCCGCACCCUGAUCAACCAGGCCAAAUGGAGCCUCCAUCCUCUUCUCUUCAGGGAGCUCUCCACCCAUUUCGGCACCCCCUUGGUGGACCUUUUUGCCUCGGGCAGCAAUCACCAGCUUCCCCGCUUCUUCUCUCUCUUCCCCACUCUGGGGGCAGAGGCGGUGGAUGCGUUACACAGCCCUUGGCCCUUGGAGCAGCUCCUUUAUGCCUUCCGUCCUCUGCCACUCAUCUCCAAGGUCGUGCGGAAGUUGCUUCGGGACAAGGCGGAGCAUCGGCAGGAGUAUGUGUGGCAUAAGCUGGACGUUCGCAGGGCGCUCAAGAUUUACGUAGACCGAACAGCGUCCUUUCGGAGAACUGAAGCCCUCUUCCUCUUGUUCCAGCCUUCCUCCAUGGGCGCCCGUGUCUCUUCUGUCACUAUGGGCAAGCGCUGCCACCUCCGCUGCAUGGUCCACCCAGGCCCGUUGGAGGAAGUCUGCCAGGCCGCAACUUGGUCUUCUGUGACCCCUUUCAUCCACCAUUACUGGCUGGACUCCUAUGCUUUGGCGGAUGCAGCCUUCGGCAGGAGAGUUCUGCAUCAGGUCCAGCCCUCUCCCUCCCUCGGAGACACCAAGCUUUGCUCCUGGUGCCACCAUUGGGCGGAAACGCUUAGGCUUAUCCUGCUGCUGCUGCUGCAACUGCUAUGCUGGGACCUGCCGCUGGGCAGCUCAUCUACCAGAGGAGCCCGGCUGACUUCGGGAAGUGGGAAGCAGUACUUAUCUCUGGAUCCUGGCUGCGGACUCCUAGUGGUGAAGGAACGAAUUGACCGGGAAGCCCUGUGUGAGUUCAGCACUUCUUGCUUCCUUAGCUUGGAGUUGGUGGUCAAGCAGCCUGUACAAGUUCACGAUGUAGAAAUGGAAGUGCUGGACAUCAAUGACAAUGCCCCCAGGUUCCCCUGGCAGGAGUAUCGCUUAGAGAUCAGUGAAUCUACUAGUCUCUGCCUUUGGCACCACAUCCUCUUCAGCCUCCUCGCUGUCCGACGCGAAUGCCAGCUGCCCAGGCUGCUGGUGCAACACCACAUCAGCAUCCUCAUCGUCGGGAUCAGCCAUGAUCCGCGCAGGCCACUGGCGGGCCACAACACUGCCACUGCCCAAAUCUCUGUGCAGGUCUUAGAUAUGAAUGACAACCACCCAGAAUUUGAUUGUAACAUUUACAUGGUGACCCUGUUAGAAAACAUAGAGCCAGGCAUGCUAGUUGUAAAACUGAAGGCCUUGGAUCCAGACGAGGGCUCCAAUGGUGAUUUGCUGUAUUCUUUUAGCAAUUACACUCCACAGAAAGUGUGUCAACUGUUCACUGUGCAUCCAGUAUCAGGAGAGGUGAGGGUCAAUGGAUCUUUGAACUACGAGGAAGACAUCUCCUAUGAAAUCUACGUGCAAGCCACAGAUAAGGGCUCUGUUCCUGUGACUGGUCACUGUAAGGUGUUUGUUAACAUUGUGGAUGCCAAUGAUAAUGCCCCUGAAGUGGUGCUGACUUUCUUGUAUAGCCCAGUCUCUGAGGAUGCUCAGUUUGGAACUGUAGUAGCUAUGCUGAGUGUUAUUGACUUGGAUUCUGGCCUGAACAGGCAAGUCGAUAUAAACAUUCCUGCCAACCUUCCUUUUAAACUUAAUUCUUUCAAAAAUUCUUAUACUCCUGUCACUGAGGAGUUCCUUGAUCAUGAAAGAACUUCUAGUUACAACAUUACAAUCGCUGCCACAGAUGCUGGAACACCUCCACUCUCUUCCCAUAAAAUAAUUAAAAUAGAUGUUUCUGAUAUCAAUGACAACUCACCACAGUUUGAAGAACUCUCUUACUCUGUUUAUAUAUCUGAGAACAAUGCUCCUGGAUCUUCUCUGUGCACAACAAAGGCCAUUGAUUGUGAUGCUAAUGCAUCAUAUAUAUAUAUAUUGGGAGAAAUUCAGGGGCUACCUGUGUCCUUUUAUGUCUCAAUUCAGUCUGAAACUGGCAACAUUUAUGCUGUCAGAUCCUUUGACUAUGAAACGCUGAGGGAAUUCCAGAUUGUUGUGCAGGCUCAAGACUCAGGGAUGCCAUCUCUCAGCAGCACAGCCACCGUACACAUCUAUGUGCUGGAUCAAAAUUAUCAUGUGCCACAAAUUUUGUAUCCCAUCUCUAUAAACAAUUGAACAGCCAUAGAGAUGAUUCCUCAGUCAGCCAGUUCUGGAUACUUAAUCACUAAAGUGAUAGCCAUUGAUGGAGACUCGGGACAAAAUGCAUGGCUGUUUUUUCAUCUAGCCCAAACCUCUGUUCCAGACACCUUUAGAGUAGUGGUUCACAGUGGGGAAAUUUGGACUACUCAAAAACUGAGGGAGACAACAGAGGCUACAUUCAAUCUUACCAUCAUAGUGAGGGACAACGGAGAGCCACCCUUAUCUUCCUCUGUGUCAAUCAUGAUUGUGGUGAACAGGGAUUCCCAAAUCGUUCCUGACAUUGUAAGACACAUUACAGGUUCCAGAAAUUAUUCUGAAAUAACUCUUUAUCUCACUGUGGCACUAAGUGUUGUCUCUUUUAUAUUUCUCUUGACUGUUGUAGUCCUUGUUGUGGUGAAAUGCUACAAAGACAGUCCAUAUAGCCGCCCUUCUUGUGCAGGUUUCUGCAGGACUUCUAAGAAAAGGUGCCCAUUUGAAGCAGACAAACAGCAGUGUUGCUACUGGGAUGCACAAUCUCAUUUGGUUGAAGUUAGAGGCAAUGGGUCUUACUGCUAUAAAACCUGUGAAUCAGCUGGCUCAGAAAGUGACACCUUCAUGUUUUCAUCCGGGGAGGCCACAGGAAUUAACCCUCAUGCUGUGAUGAUAGAGAGACACCUAACUAGAGAAAGUGGACUGAGCUCUCCAAACUUUAUCAUUUUUAAAAGUGAGCUCAUUGCUCCAAAUGAGGUGAGCUUUAAAGGUAUAUGUGAGCUUUUCUUAAUUAAAUCAGUUUCCUUUGAAACAAAAAAAAAAAUGAGUGUUCAGGAUUAAUGAGUUGUGGGAAAAUUGGAGAGUGAAAAAAUUAAAAUUGCCUUUCAUCAUAUUGGUAAGCAAAAUUUUGUCAGGCUUUAAAUUUCUUGUAAUAUGUUAGCUCAGAUAAAUGACUUUUCAGCAGUAUAAGGUAUAAAAGGUAAAGGUUCCCCUCGCAUAUAUGUGCUAGUCAUUUCCGACUCUAGGAGGCGGUGCUCAUCUCCAUUUCAAAGCCGAAGAGCCAGUGCUGUCCAAAGAUGAUUCUGUGGUCAUUUGGCCGGCAUGACUAAAUGCCAAAGGCGCACGGAACGCUGUUACCUUCCCACCAAAGGUUGUCCCUAUUUUUCUACUUGCAUUUUUACAUGCUUUCGAACUGCUAGGGUUGGCAGAAGCUGGGACAAGUAACAGGAGCUCACCCCGUUACGUGGCACUAGGGAUUCGAACCACUAAACUGCUGCCCUUUCAAUCGACAAGCUCAGUAUCUUAGUCUUAGCCACUGAGCCAUCACAUCCUUCUAGUGUAAGGUAUAGGUAUAAGGAAAACAAUGCAGAAACAGCCAGGCAAUGAAUAUGCAGUAUAAUGAAUCUACAAUAUAAACUAUUUACUAGUGGGGCUUAUUUCUAGGGAUAUGUACAUAGCAGUAUAUCCUUAGUUAUUUAUUUCAAUUUCUGGUUUCUGGGUCACAAUAGGGACAGAUUAGGCUUUGUGGUUAUGUAUUUAAAUGAUCCUGAAUUCUAAUGUAUUUAUUCAACUUGGUGCAUAUCACUUUUCUUCUCUUGUCUUUCAAAAUUUAAUCACAUAUUUCAGCAUCUGUGCUGGUGAGUGCUAUGCCAUAUAGUAACUUGAAACUACUGGUUUAAUGCCAAUAGCCAGUCAUUAAUUGAUCAAGCUCUUCUUUAGUGAUACACACUGGUGAAUUUAAUUCUUGCCAAUAUAUACUACACACUUUUUACAGCAGUUCCAUUUUAAAGAGUCUUCUUCAGUUUCUUACAAUACCAAACAGUAAUGUUUGUUGAUUACAGCUAGCAUUGAGUUCAGUGAAUGGAAUGCUAAUCACUGAUUUUAGGCUGAAGUCCUAUAGCCACUUAUUGGAAUAUAAGGUUCAUUUAAAUAUUUGGCACUUAUUUUAAAACAGACUAUAGGAUUAUAGUCAAUUAAUCAAUAAAUAAAUUAACUGUUUAUAAUUAAUCUAUUUAGAACCAGCGGUGAAAUCCUACCAAUUUGCACCGGUUUGGGCAAACCAGUAGUAAUAAAGACUACCGGUUUGGGCGAACCAGCAAUUAAAAAAAACCUACCGGUUCCUCCGAACCGGUAUUUCCGACGAUCAGCUAUGCCGCGUGAUUUAAAAUUGCUAGAAAACAGGAAAUCCUGCUUUCUUGUGAAUCUAAAUCGCACGGCACAGCUGUUUCCCCCCUUCGCUGUUAUACUUACCUUCCGAAACCCCCUUUUUCCACGUGAUUGGCGUGUACUGUGCACACACGUGCGUGCAGCAUGUGUUUUGUGUGCACUAUGCAUGCACAUAUAAUGUGAGUUUGGUGCACACUGCGCAUGUGUGCACAUGGCGCACACUUGGCACUGCGCAUAGCAUGCACUUGGUGCACAGCAACCGGUUUGCAACCGGUAGCAAACCGGUUCAGAUUUCACCACUGUUUAGAACCCAUUUUUUUAAACAGGUACACAUAGUAGAAAAUAAAGUCUGUUCAAUAUCAAUAUUUUAUAUAAUUAUAGAACCAAUAAAAGUAAUGCAAUUGAAAAUUAGCAGUCUACAAAAAAGUAAGUUCCUUGUCCACAACUCUCCAAACUAAAUAUUCUAUAAUGAAAUUGUUUCAUUGUGACAUGUAUUCUAAGAAAACUUCCCUUUUAAAAACAAUUUCACUCACACACACACACACACACACACACACACACACACACACACACACACCAAUCUAUACUGAGAGCCAGUUUGGUCUAGUGCAGUGGUUCUCAACCUUCCUAAUGCCGUGACCCUUUAAUACAGUUCCUCAUGUUGUGGUGACCCCCAACCAGGGGUGCGUUCUAAUUUUUUUUACUACCGGCUCUGUGGGCGUGGCUUAUUUUGUGGGCGUGGCUUGGAGGUUAUGUGACUGGGUGGGCAUGGCUAGCUGGUCAUGUGACCAGGUGGCCAUGGCUAUGUGUACUACUAUGUGUACUACUCAGAGGGCUGAAAAAAGUCAUUUCUGACAGGUCCUCGGACUUUUGACUGGUCCUCACACUUAUGACCAUCCUCACAUUUAUGCCUGUGCAGCAUUCUUAACAACUAUGUCACUCAUUUCACAACUGCUUCUCUUCAACAUGGUGAUAAGAUAGGGCAAAAAACGUAAAAUGUGAGGACAGUCGUAAAUUCGAGGACUGGUCAAAAGUGCGAGGACCAGUCAA